AUGGCGACUGUGGUAUGGUCGUAUGGUUGUUGUCUUCGCUUUAAAUUUAGUCCUGAAGAAAUAGAACAAAGGUACAGAAGUUUAGAAAUAGAUAAAAUGAUAGAAAAAGACAGGCAAAAAUUAAGGAGGCAAGUGAAAUUAUUAUUAUUGGGUGCUGGUGAAAGUGGAAAGUCGACUUUUUUGAAGCAGAUGAGGAUUAUUCACGGUGUUAAAUUUGAACCUGAACUAUUGAAAGAAUAUCAACACGUGAUAUACAACAACAUUGUUAAGGGUAUGAAAGUAUUGGUGGAUGCGAGGGAUAAAUUAAAUAUUAAAUGGAACGAUCAAAAUAAUUUCGAUUAUGCUUAUCAUUUAAUGAAAAUUGAUAAUAAUGUUUUUCUGGACAAUAAGACUUUCGCUCAAUUGGCAUCGACAAUAUCUUGCCUUUGGAAAGACCAAGCUAUAAAAAUAGCUUUUGAAAGGAGGAGUGAAUUUCAAUUGAGUGAUUCAGUUCAGUAUUUUUUGGAUAACUUGGAGAGGAUUGCCAGACUGGAUUAUGUUCCGACAAAUCAAGAUAUCCUUCAUGCUAGAAAAGCAACGAAAGGUAUUUAUGAAUUUGUUAUACCCAUCAACAACAUUCCUUUUCGUUUUGUGGAUGUAGGAGGCCAAAGAUCGCAGAGGCAAAAAUGGUUCCAGUGUUUUGACUCGGUGACAUCAAUAUUGUUUUUAGUAUCAUCAUCUGAAUUUGAUCAGGUUUUGGUGGAGGACAGGCGCACGAAUAGGUUACAAGAAUCACAAAAUAUAUUCGAUACAAUUGUCAAUAAUCAGGUUUUUAGUUCUGUUUCCAUAAUAUUAUUUUUAAACAAAACGGAUUUGUUACAAAGGAAAUUAUCGAUCAAAGAGACUGAUUUUAAAAAAUAUUUCCCCGAAUAUAAAGGAGAUAAUCACGAUCUAGUCCAAGUACAAGAUUUUAUAUUAAAACAAUUUGUAUCCAUAAAGAGAGAUCCAAAGAAACCGUUAUUUCAUCACUUUACGACAGCCGUAGACACCGAAAAUAUUAAAUAUGUAUUUAAUGCCGUUAAAGAUACCAUAUUACAUAGAAAUUUAGAGUCUCUUAUGUUGCAAUAA